AUGGAGAUGGCCAAAGAAUACAGGCAGACGGGCCUACAAGCUCUCUCUGCCUCUCGCAACAUUAAGGGCGAACUAAAAGCCGCUAUUACCGAGGCAAUCGAAGGUCUUUUCGGAGUCGUCGGCCUAAUUGACCCUCCAUCCACCAUCCGCACCACCCCUCCCGUUCCCACACCACUUACACCACAGGCUGACAAAUCUACAACACCCACAACUACUACACCUAAAUCUUCAACACUAGCAAUUUGCACCACACAAACACAACUUGUACACAAAAUUGAGGCCCACUCUCGGCUACUCGAGGAGUCAAACAGGGUCCUGCAGGAACACACCAGGGCUUUAAAGGCAUGUCCUACACCCGCGCCGACGGAAAUACAGCAAGUAGUGGCGGACCCGUAUAAGAUUCAUCAAUCCUACGCUAAGGCCGCCGCCACGCCCAAACCUCCUGCAGGCCCUUCCGUCGUAGUGUCCGGAGAGGGUCUCAAUACAGCCGAGCAGUUAUUAACACAGAUAAGCAGAACAGUUGACUUCAGACAGGGCGGAUACGCCCCUUUAAAGGUUACCCCGCUGUCAAAACACAAAAUUAAACUCGUUUUCGAAAAAGACGAGCAUAAACAACACACACUUACACAAUUACAGAAAAACACAAACAUAAAAACACAGGAGGAAAAACGUAUCGAUCCGAUGAUUAUACUCAAAGGUAUUAACAAAUUAAUACCCGAAACCGAACUGACAAAAACGAUCAAAGACCAGAACCCGACACUCACCGAUCACACAUUUAGCAUCAAAUUUACAUCUAAAAAUAGGAACUCAACACUCUAUAACAUAGUACUAAACACCACACCCUCUGCCUGGAAGGCGUUUGCCGACCUAGGCAGAGUAAACAUAGGGAUGCAGCGGGUCCAUAGCGACAACUUUUCACCGUUUAGGCAGUGCCAAAACUGCCUAAACUUCGGACACACUAAGAGCCGCUGCCCCAACACCACACCCACAUGCGCCAAGUGCUCCGCUCACCAUCCUACAGCGGAGUGCAAGGCCGAAGUACACAACUGCACCAAUUGCGCAGAACAUAACAAACAAUUCAACACCAACACCGGCACUCUACACCGCGCUGAUUCAGAGAAGUGCCCCAAAGUAAGGGCCAUGCGUGCUCGUGUCGAGGCCAAAAUUAAUUACACAUAA